CUUGAUACCUUUUGCAUGCAGAAACAACCGAACAAAAUUAGAACACCCCGUCAUGUCCACGCUCAGCUUCACCGUCCUCCGGAGAGAGCCCGUGCUCGUCGGCCCAGCCUCGCCGACGACAUCGCGAGAGAGGAAGCGCCUCUCCGACGUCGACGAUCAAGACGAGCUGCGGUCGCACAUCUGCGGCAUCUUCUUCUACCGCGGCGGCGGGCUCGCACGCGGCGACCCGGUGGACAUCAUCCGCCGAGCCUUGUCCGAGGCGCUGGUGCACUACUACCCACUCGCCGGACGGCUGCGCGAGGUGGGGGGCCGGAAACUGGUCGUCGACUGCACCGGCGAAGGGGUGACGUUCGUCGAGGCGGACGCUGACGUGCGACUGGCAGAUCUCGAGGUCGACGUGCCCGGGCUGAUGCCGCCAUUCCCGUGGAUUAAGGAGCUCUGCUUCGAGGUGGAAGGCUCCAGCGCUGUGCUCAACUGCCCCUUGGUGAUCAUUCAGGUGACGCGGCUCCUGUGCGGCGGCUUCGCCGUGUGGCAUAGCUUCAACCACACCAUGUGUGACGCCGCGGGGUUCAUCCAGUUCCUCAACGCCGUCGCCGAGCUCGCUCGAGGUCUCCCUGCGCCGACCAUCGCGCCUGCCUGGUCUCGCGAGUCGCUUGACGCACGAAGGCCCCCAGCGCCCUCAUUCCCGCACCCGGAGUACGAUCCAGUGCCCCGGACGCCCAUACCAACCGAGGAUGACAUUGUAAGGCGCGCCUUCGUGUUCGGCCCUUCGGACGUCGCCGCGAUCAAGAAAGGCCUGCCGCCUCACCUCCGAGACAGGGCAACGAGCUUCGAGGUGCUCGCGGCGGUGCUGUGGCGCGCCCGCACGGCGGCGUUGAGGACGCUCUGGUCCGACGAGGAGGCACGGCUGGUGACCGUCGUCAGCGUGAGGAGGCACAGCAGCGCCCUGAGCCUCCCCGCCGGCUACUACGGCUUCGCUUGCGCGUACGUCACCGUGGUGAUGGCCGCCGGCACGCUGCUCAGCUGCUCGUUGGCAGACGUGGUGGAGCAGGUGCGGGAGGCGAAGGCGUCGGUGACUCCCGAGUAUAUGCGCUCCACGGCGGACCUUCUGGUGCUCCGUGGCCGGCCGCCUUUGGCCAGGGCAAAUAUGUUCCUUCUGUCUGACCUCCGGCACGUUGGGUUCCAGCGCGUGGACUUCGGAUGGGGCGAGCCGGUGUACGGCGGGCCCUCUGGCAUCAAGUUCGGGAGUGCCUUCUUUGUGGCUGUCAAGACCAGCGACGGAACGGACGCGGUGGCAGUGCCGGUCGCACUGCCAACCAUGGCCAUGGAGAAGUUCGCGGCGGAGAUCCAGAGCUUGCUCAAGGAUAGUAUUAAACAGCCCUAGAAAUUUCCUAAGCUGAAAAAUAAGCCAGGUUUCUUGUCCCUCCUUUUCGAAACAAAAAGCCCCGAUGAAAAAUAAAGAGAGAAUUUCUUGUUUAACAC